AUGUUAAGACGAUCAUCAACAACAACAACAAUAAAUGAAGAAGAUCAAAAAACAUUUUCAUUGAAAAAACGUUGGUUAGCACAUCAUCAUGAUGAUCAACAGCAACAAGUUAAUAAUCUAAAUUAUUUUUCUGAAAUAAAAAAGUUAUUAAACGAAUAUAGUUUUCAAGAUUGGCGAACAAUAACAGUUCUUGUAGAAACUAAUUCUAAUGAAUAUAUAUCAGGUAAACUAAAUCACAUUGGAUUAAAUGGUUGUUUAUCUGUACAAUCAAAUAUUUCUUCAUAUGAAAAAUCAAUUGAAAUAAAUAUUUAUGAAAAUAUUUUUGGAAUUUUAUCUGAUAAUGCGCCAUCCAUUCAAGAUUUAGUGGAAGGAAAAUUCAUUUUAUGUAAAAAUCCACCGAAUCAUCAUAUCUAUCAAACAGCAGUUAUUGUUGAAAAAACAAAAGAAGGAAAAUUUAAAAUUUUAUUUAAAGAUCAAACUGAACUUUUAUGUGUACCGCGGCAAUCCAUUAGAUUGUUCUUACCACCAUGGCAUGAUGAAGUUUCAAUUGAUUGGAAUGCAGCACUUUAUCAAACAGGAUUAUUUACUUUUAAUAAAACUUUAAAUGGUUUAUGUGUAAGUCCAUCAUUUGAAGAUUCCUGUUCAACAAUCGAAUCAUCGAAUGUUAAAAAUGAUAUUUGUGAUAAUAUAUCAGAUGAAAAAUCAUAUCGUAAAGGUGAUAUUAUAACACUUGAUUCUCAAAAUCGAAAAAAAUUCAAUGGUAAACAAUGGCGUCGUCUUUGUUCUUAUAAGACUUGUACAAAAGAAUCUCAAAAAUUUGGUCUUUGUUCAAGACAUUUAUCAUUAAAAGGACAAGACAAAGACAAAAAUCCGAUAGAUGUUCCAUUAAAUAUAACUAGUCAUCAAUCUCAUUCAACUAAACCAAUUUUUCCAUUAGAAAAUUCAUCAAAAUCAGCAAAAGAUAAAUCAAUUCGUCGUCCAAUUAAUUCAUUUAUGUUAUUUUCUCAAGAAGAACGUGCAAAAAUUCAUUUGGAGAAUCCUUAUCAUGAUAAUCGAAAUGUAUCAAAAAUCUUAGGUGAAAGAUGGUAUUCAUUACCACAAAAUCAACGGGAAUUAUAUAAAACACGAGCAAACCAAUUAAACGAGCAAAAUAAAGAACAAUUAAGACGAUCAACGAGAUUACAAUCAACAAAUAAAGUGGUAUCACCGCCUACGCCAUCCGAUCCACUUCAAGUUUUUGCACAAAUUUGUACAAAUAUGCCAAAAUUAAACGAAUAUUUUUCACCCAUUACGAAACCAACGUUAGAAAAUACAUCGAUAUUAACAAAUAUUGUAACACCUGUUCCUAUUCAUAGUAAUUCAACAUUUAAUAUUCUUGAUCAAUCUCAACCAAAUAAUUCAUAUUCAAAAACUGAAAAUGAAAGUAAUGCCUUAUUAGAAAGAGAUAAACCAUCGAAUAUAAUUGAUUCAUAUGAUUGUUCAAAUGAAUAUUCAUUAUCAAAGUCUACAUCGCGAUUAUCUGAGACUGAAACUUGUCGAACUAUUGUUUCAAUGUUAAUUAAUCAACGUAAAACAAAUUUAGAUCUUGAACAACAACUUAAAAAUUUACAAUCAUCAAUAAAACCAGUUUCACUUGAUGAUCAUCGAACACAUUCAUUUGUAUCAUCAUUUUCAUCAGCAAGUACAUCAACGGGUUAUUCAAGUGGUUCAUCGAUUGAUGGAAGUAGUACAAUACUAUCAGCUUUUAGUUCGCGUUCAAAUAGUUCAUUAUCUGAAAGAAGUAAAACAUCACCGACAUCAUUUAAACCAAUUUUACCUUUUAAAUAUCAAGUUACAACAGAUGAUGAUUUUACUUAUAAACCUUUGACUUUGUAUGAACAAGAACAAACUAAUGUCGAUGAACCACCGGCUAAACGAUGUAAAAUUCUUUAUACAGAGGAUACUCAAGGUCCAAGAACUCGAUCUCGAAGUAUAAGUGAACGCGUGGGAAUAAAUGAUUCAUCUUCAAUUGUAACACGUAAACGAAAAACAUCGAUUAUUUGUGAACAAAAUCAAACUGAAAUUAAACAACCAAAAAUUGAUUAUAUUAAACAAUUAGAAGAAAUGAAAAAUCAAUAUAUAAAAUCUAGUACAAGUCGACAUACAACAAAUGAAUCACUAACUAAAAGUCAGUUAGAAUCAAAAUUAAAAGUUAUCGAAUUUCUUAAAGAUCAUCUCUAUCCAACUGAUUCAUCAAUAUUAUCAUUUCAAAUGUCCAAUGAAGAAUUAUUUCCAAAUAAACGUCUGUUAAAUCAACGUAUUAGAGAAAUCCGUCAAAGAUUAAUGAGUCAUUUAAAACAAGAAAAAAUUUCAAUAAAUUCUUCAUCAUAA